GAUGCACUGCCGGGGCUGCUGGCUGGUCGACUUGCCGGGGAAAAUUCGCAAAAGCGACGAGGGUCGAAGGGGUCCCAGGCAAAUUUGGCAAAAUUUGCUCGGUCGCGGAAUUCUGCUGGCCACGGCGGCAGCACAGCAGCAGCAGUUUAGUCGCAGAUUCGGUUCCGUCUGGACACGUUUUCCUUUGGGGGAGAUAGGAUUCGGAUUGUCGCGCGUUUGUCCGACGACGACUACUUUUGCGUGGGUUGGCGAUUGGCGAUGUUUUUUUUCGGGUUGUUUGAAGACUUGAAGAGGUUCAAUGGAUUGGAGAUUGAUGAAGAUUAAGGUUGUUUUGGGGGAUGUGGAUUUGUUCUUCUGAGAAGUUCGUCCGGGGGUGCUUUUGAGCUUGAACAAUAGAUCUGGUUCGAGAGAUUUGCUUGACUUUAGGACUUUUGGGUUUUUGGGGUUUACAACCCCAAUAUUGGGAAGUUUUCUUCCAAAGAAAAACAUCUGAGGCAUUGUAUUAAAUUACCCAGUAAACGUGAUUAAUUCUUGCGUGAUAAAACUCGGUGCGGCACGUUCCGCGCCAAAGGUCAGGACAACUUGCAAAGCACUUCCCCUUCGGAUUGUGUCAGAGUUGGUGGGGUGAAAAAGUGUGAACAACUCGGGGCAAAGGCCAAUGAAAACAAACACAAAAUGAUAUAAAUAAAUAAAUAAGCAAAUCGAGAUAAGCGUGCAAGCGCUGUUCCGGCUGACUCGCUCGGGAAAACUGCGGAAAAGCGAGCAACCUCAAAGAAAGGCAAGAAAACAGAAUCCUUACACACUUCAAGAAAAGCCGUGAAAAUUAAAUUAUUCCCUUCACGCGCGCUCGCCCGCUGGUGUUGCGAAUCCUUCCAAGGUAAACACAAGGCGGAAAUUCUUCACCGGAAGUGCGCGUGCUUUAAAAGAACCUGAAAAGCAGCUGGAAAUUAAAAUUCAUACGAAAAACACGCCGCCAGCCGCCAGUGGGGGGCACCAGAGUUCAAGUGAAUAAUUUUUCGCCGGUACUCGGGGGUGGUUCGGGGAAAAUUACCCCGAAAAGAGUGUGUCACCAGGUCGUGCAGAAGGCGGUACAGAACGGGUCGUGUAGGCAGCGGUGUAACAUUUCCGUUUUUUUUCGAGGGUGUCCUUUUUCUGCUGCUGCGAGGACGUCUACGACGGCGACGUGAAAAAAUAGGUAUAAAGUGAGUGGGGGCGCUUCUAGGAAAAGAGGAAAAACUCGACGACGGUGAAGUGAAGUUAGGGUGGUGUGUGGCAUAGAAGGGAAAAUUCCUUGCAAAACCUGCUGAAAUUACGAUUGGUACGUGCCAGCUGAUUUCGCCGGAACGUGGCAGAAGAACAUAGUUAAGAGUGCGAUAGCAGCAGCAGCAGAAGCAGCAGCAGCAAAAGUCGAGGAACGUCGACGAACGACGCCGGCGGUUUUUUUGCAGCUAAUCUUCCCCACCUGGAUUUUCCUGACCCAUGGGCAUGGGUUAUUGAGUCAACAUAAUAAGAGAUUCUCGGAUGGAUGAGUGGAAAUACUUGAUAGCGCUGCUACUGGCGCUCUUAAGCUUCCGACUCCCGGCGGUAGACUCGACCAGUGGCAAUGGCAGCACCAGUUCCGGGGGAACCUCCACCCGAACCGCCCGGGAGCGAUCCGGUGGCCAGGCGAUAGCCUCCCUGUCAUCGGCCUCGAUUGCGGCUCUGCAGGCCGCACGAAACAGCAACAAUGCCGCGCUGGCAGCUGCUGCGGCGGCUGCGGCCACGGUCACUGCGUCCUCGGUCGUUGGGGGCGCGGGUGGCCAACGGUGCAGUUUGGCCCAGUUCCGGUGCGCCAACGGGACGUGCAUCUCGGCGGCCAAGUACUGCGACGGAACCGUCGACUGCCUGGAUAAGAGUGACGAGCCGAAGCUGUGUACAGCAUGCAAUCGGACGCUGUACGGCGAGGUGGGGCGAACGUACGAGCUGCAGCUUCAGCCCCACCAGGUGCAACAGUUUCAGCAGGAGCAGCAGCAGCAGCAGCACAACGGAGAGGCGCCGUUGCCGUUCGUGUGUCAUCUUAACUUUACCGCGCCCGGGGGAGCGUACGGUGAUAUCGUGCAGCUCAAUUUCGCCAAAUUCAGCAUUGGCAAGUUCGUCCCAGGAACCGGAGGAGGAGGAGGGGCCUUCCCGGGUGGUGGGGGCCAUCAUCAGCAGCAACCGCAGCACCACCGGGACAUGCCCCAGCCCCAGCACGAGGCCUGCCUCGAGGGCUUCAUGACGAUCCGGGAGCAGGGACUGCCGGAUUUGAACGGACGGUGGUGUGGAACCGCUUCCGGCUAUACGAUCUACUACAGUGAAACCAAAUCCGUCAACGUGACGCUCCGGUUGGACAAACUGGUCCAGAGUGGGACCGGCGCCAGUUCCGGAGCGGGACCGGGGGGUGCUCCGAACGAGAGCCCCGGUGGACUUCAGUUUCGAUUGAUUUACAAAUUUCUUCGCCACACCGACGCAAAACUGAGGAACGACAACCGGAUAUGGAACGGUGACCUUGUUGCGGGGACGUACUGCAACAGAAAUUUUUAUGACUGCGACAAACGGAUCUGCCGGAUACGAUCGCCCAACUACCCGGGCGUUUAUCCACGCAAUUUAACAUGUAAAUAUUAUAUUAAUCAUCGGACACCGCCGAGCGGGCUGCACGCGAUGAUCGUCCUGCGCCAGCCAGAUGGACAUAAAUUAAACAUCAAGGAGCAGGCGACCCACCACGAGGCGAACAAUAGGAUUUUAAGAUCCUGGGAGCAGUGCGACUCCGAGCAGGACUACCUAACCAUCCACGACGGCAAGACGCUGGAGGCACCGAUGAUCGGUCGCAUCUGCGGCGGAGACGCCCUCCCGGACAUCGUGUCCAGCGGGUCGGACAUGACGAUCCAGUUCCGGACCUCGCCGUACGACGUGCUGUUCCAUCCGAAUCCGGUGACCUUCCUGCCCGGGUUUGAGCUGGAAGUUCAUAUCCUCUACGUCAACUCCAACUCGCAGUCCUACAUCCGCCAACCGGGUCGCUGCGAGUUCUCGAUCAGUGCGUUCGAGAGCCAAACCGGCGAGCUGGAGAGUCCGCAGCACACGCUACCGCCGGAGAGUUCCUGCAUCUACCACUUCCAGGGCCGGCGCCACGAGACGGUAUGGAUCUCCUUCGUCAAGUACCACUCGGCGAUCGACCCGACCGGGUUCGAGUCCCCAGCGGAGUGCGUCAACCAGCUGCGCAUCUGGGACGGCCGAUGGUCGGUCAGCUCGCGUCCGUACGUUUUCCUAGGCUCCCAUCCCGAGUACAGCCGGAACGCCAGCCUGAUCGAGCAGAUUUGCCGCGAGGAGGUGCCGAGGCUGUGUUCGCGGUCGCUGGUGGCGAAGGGCAGUCGGCCCUGCUCGACGCAGGAGAGCUACCUAUCAACCGGUUCCGAUCUGACCAUCGAGUACCGACCCAGCCCGAUCGGUACCGCCCGUCUGUACGGACCUGCUUCCGCUUUCAAGCUGCGCUACGAAUUCGUUGACAACUCGCUGGGGGGUGCUCCGCUGGAACCGCUGGUAGCACCAUCCGCGAUGCCGGAACCAGCGGCGCUGGUCCAGUUCCACCCGAAGUCGUGCGAUCGCGUCUUCCGAUCGUCGUCUGCUUCGCGUGGAAUCUUCCGUUCGCCGUCGAACGUGUUCCUGUACGGUCGAGGAGGAUCACCGAACAUUUCUUGCACUAUCAGGUUCGAAGCAGGAUUGGGAGAGAGCGUUAGACUCUCGAUCACGCGAGCCCGCUUCGGAGGUCGAUCCUGUCAGAACAUGCAGAACCGAUCGGGACGGUGGCACUGCAACCAUCACAGUGGACCGAUCUCCGAUCUCAGGAUCAGUGAGGUUCCCUGGACGGAUAUUCCACCGCUGCCGCGGGACUGUCUCUGCUCGGACGUGUCGGCCUCGAUCAAUUUGGCUCCGCUGGCGGCCAGCAUCGUUGAGGUUAGAUUCACGGCCAUGCAGAUGGAGGUCGAUCAGGACUUUCGGGACUUUUACUUCGAGGGCCGGUACGAGUUUGAGAAGGACGGCUGCGAGACGGAUUGGAGUGAUCGCAGGCUGCGAGGUCGCAGCGGCGAUGCGUUCCUCAAGCCGACGCCGUGCCCAGCGUUGAUCCAGCCGUGGCUGCUCGAGCCGGAGACCGAAGGCAGCUACUUGGUGCUCAAGAUGAAGGGAUUCUGGAUGCCUCCACUGCUACACUCCGCUCCACCAUGCCCAACCGAUGCGAGGAUCACCGUCUACUCAACGAACAAUCCGAAAAACUCCCGCGAUCUUUGCCCCUCCGGACCCGACGUGGUCGCCUUCUCCGACGGGUGGGACAACGCGUACGAGUUCAGCGCCCUGGAAAUCUCCAAGAACCUCAUCAUCGAGUUCAAAAGCUCCCGAAAACCGCGCGACAUCGAAGGCAACGAGUACAAGUUCUCGUGGAUGGAGAUCUACCCGGGCAACGACUGCCCGUACAAAUGCCAGGAACUGCAAGCCUGCAUCCCGGCGGAACUCUGGUGCGACGGCAAAGUCCACUGUCCCUCCGGCCAGGACGAAAGCCCAACCGAAUGCAACAUCCGACUCCCACUGUCCCCACUGCACGUGGGAAUCGCCGCCGCAACGCUCACCCUGUUCCUCUCGUUGGCCGCCGGUCUCACGGCUUGUGCCCGGCGGAAACGGGUCGAGAAGAAGCACCAGCACCUGCAGAGCAGUCACCACCUGGAAGCGAACGGGCACUACCCCCAUCACGGGUCGUACCCGCACGUGGCCCCCCAUCAUCACAUGGCCAGCAGUCACGCGCUGACGCCGAUCUACCUGGAUCCCACCAAGGACAGCUUCUGUUGACAGGAGCUGGAGACUUCGGUGUAGCCCAUGCCGAAGUCCCAGGAUUUCUACUACUUUGCGUUCAAUCGCUAGGCCCCCUCCUUCCUCCCUCUAUCUAUCUAUGUGAAGGUGGUGGUGGCGGCGAUGACCUGUGAACGACGACAAUUCUGGUGAUAUUAAGUGUACGUAGGAAGCAUGAAAUCCAAUAAUUAGGGGAAGAAACCAAUUUCGAAACAAACAAAGAAAAAAAAAACAAAACUGACUUAUAGCUUAAUGAUCCUUAGACGGAGGAGAACGAGACGGAAUGAGGGGGACAUUGCUCGUAGCCGUAGACGAAAACAAGUGAUUGAACCAAUUAAAAUGGAUUUGGUUGGUGGGGUGGGAAUUGUGGAGGAUUGGCGCGGAGGAAAGACAGCGAAAUGAUGAACGGUCUAAGAGUGGGGUUUUGGGUGGGUGAGAAAUGUGUUGACGAUGUUUUUUUGUGAUGUGAUUCUGAAAGAUCUGCUAAAAGAUAAAUCUUGAAAUAUUAUUGAAAUUGUGAUAAUACUGAAAUUUAAAAACUAUGUUUGUAGUUUUGUUCAAAUUAUUAAAAUUUGUAUGUUUAUUACAAAUCUCUUUUAAGUUCUUAUCUGAGUUUUUUUCCAUCCGAUUUAUUACUUUGUUUAAUCUGACUGAAACAUUUUGAAUGCCUUCUGUAUUCCCAAAAAAGCAAUUUUGCAAUAUCAGUUUGUCCAUAGCAUACAAAAUACAAAAUGCAACG